CUCAACGAUUGAUAAUAAUUCAGUUAUAAUACUCCCUCCAACCACGUAACCGUGGUUUUGCUUCUUUCCUCCAGGAGUGCAAUUCAACGAAACAGAACAGUUAAAAAUUUAUUUCUCUAAGUAUUGUAUAUUGUGUUCAAAUUGCAGUUUUACGACAAUCUGAUGGUACAACAUGCCUCUGUUCCCGGUUCUGAAUUCGUUGUCUUCCAUGACGAGUGUCCUGUUACUCGUCUCUUGUUUAGCACUUUCCAUUGUGUACUAUCUUCGAAAAAAGUACUCUUAUUGGGAGAGGCGGGGUGUGCCAUGCUCCAAGUCGAUCUCUUUUCUCUUCGGUAACACGAGAGAUUUGGUCCUCCGACGUGUACCCUUAGCUUUUGUUUUCCAACGAAUUUACAAUGAACUCGACGGCCAUAAAUUUGGCGGAUUUUACCAGAUGACAAACCCAGCGCUCAUGAUUCGAGAUCCAGAAUUAAUCCGGAGUAUAUUUGUGAAGAACUUCUCCUAUUUUCACGACCGCAAUGCCCAAAAAAUCGAGGAAUUGAGUUUUUUUUCACCGAAUCUACUUAAUUUGACAGGACAACGCUGGAGGAACGUGCGAUACAAGUUGACACCGGCUUUCAGCUCGGGCAAAUUGAGGGCCAUGCAAGGAUUGAUGCAGGAAUGCAUCUCCGAACUGGCAGAUUACCUGAACAAGGCCUUGGAUGAUGACUGCAAGAACUCCAUGCUGAAUGUACGGGAGAUCAUGGCCAAAUUCACGACUGACGUCAUCGGUGCUUGCGCCUUUGGUCUCAAUUGCAACUCAAUCCGAGACGAAAAUUCUGAGUUCAGACGAAUUGGCCGAAUCUUCACCAAAACUACGCUAAGAAUGCACAUUCGGGUUUUGCUGAGGAGUUUAUCACCAACUCUCACAAAACUCAUCGGACUGGGAGAAUCCAAUCCAGAAGUUAUGAAAUUUUUCUGGACGGCCCUUAAGGACGCUGUCAGGCAUAGAGAAUCGAAUACGUACAAGAGGAGUGAUUUCUUGCAAGUUCUGAUCGAUAUUCAAGCAGAAGAGAUUAAACAAAAGCAAAACAUCAACGAUCAGGAUACAGUUACAAAUGAAAUUCAAAAUGGAUUUGUUGAAACACAGAAAGACAUCCUAUUUACUGACAGUGUUGUAGUCUCGAAUGCAUUUACCUUCUUCAUUGCUGGGUAUGAGACAAUAGCCAUUACACUCAGUCACUGUCUGUACGAGCUUGCUUUACACCCAGAUAUUCUCAUGAAACUGAGAGAUGAGGUGGAAUCUGUGAGACAAGGACGGAGUAAAAAUUUGGACUACGACGCCCUGAAAGAGCUCGUUUACAUGGAUGCUGUUAUUUCAGAGACUCUGAGAAAAUACCCAGUUGCUUCUGUUCUGGCAAGACGUUGCACUGAGACGACCCAACUACCGAACACCUCAGUCGUUGUUGAAGAAGGGGUCAACUUAUUUGUUUCGAUUUACGCUCUUCAUCAUGAUCCAAAAUACUUUCCGGAACCAGAAAAAUUCAAACCAGAGAGGUUCAUCGGAGAAAACAAGGACAACAUCGUACCCGGCUCUUACUUACCGUUUGGUGAUGGACCCCGGAUAUGCAUCGGUAUGCGAUUCGCAAUGUACGAGAUGAAAUCGGUCCUAUCAUACAUAGUCAGCAACUACACGAUUCACACGUGCGAGAAAACAUCAAUACCCUUGAAAUACGAUCCUAAACCUGGAUUGCACACUCCCUAUGAUGUUUGGGUCAGAUUUCAGAAACGCGUAAAGUCAUGAAAUUUAACAGCUUUUAAAGUUGAGCAUUAUUCUUAUAUUUUUCAUGUUGCAUCUAGUUUCAUGUCGAUUUUUUUUCGAAUGACGGCAUGUUUAGUCUGAUAUUUCUUUUUUUUUUCGAUGAACAGAAAAGUUACCAACUAAGUUGUCACGAAACUGUUUCUUAAAUAAUCAGUAACUAACAUAGCAAAACUAAGCGAAUAGUCUAUUCUCUGAAAUCGGAGUCAGUUUAUGCCCAGUUAUUUAUACCACUUAGCUUAUACAUUCGUCAUAAGUUCCAUUCGUUGAUGCGUUAUUAAUAUUUCCGCCUUUGUUGCGUUUUAUUUGCUCAAAUUGCACCUGUUUUCACCGCAUAAAAAUUUACUGUAACUUUAUGGAUUCAAGCAAUACAAAGACCAUUUUUCAAAGUUCUUUACUACAA